GCGGCGGCAACCGUUCAAACGGGCAGCGACCGUCGUCGUCGCGCGAUGCUCUCGGCGUCGAGGCCUCCUUCGUCGCGAGCGAGCUACCGCUAAAUGGGAUUCCUCGAUCGUGUCUCCAGUCGCCGGCCAACUCUCAAGCAGUCGAGAGCUGGGGCGCACCAGCGAGAAUGAGGUCGUCGAGGCACCGCGUCCGAGGAGCGACGCAGCGGGAGCUGGGGGCAGCGCGGCUCGGCGAUCGGCGACGGCAGCAGCCAGUCCAGGAGGAGGAUGAGCGCGCGGGCGCAGUCGACGCCGGAGCGCGGCGGCCGACGCGCCGAGCAUGAUCGGCGCGAGCUUCGGCAGGCGAGAGAGCGCUGGACCAUGAGAGCCGUCGGCAGCUGGUGGUGGUGGGCGUUGUGCUGCUGGCACUGGGGACCGACGGCCGGGGCCCAGCAGGCCGGGCUGUCGGCGCGAGUGCGCGGUGACUUCAUCAUCGGCGCGCUCUUCAGUGUGCACUACCAGCCGUCGAGCAAGCAGGGCGCUCUGGUCUGCGGCGCCAUUCGCGAGCUGUACGGCAUCCAGCGGGUGGAGACCGCGCUCUGGACCCUCGACCAGAUCAACAACAGCUCCGACGUGCUCAGAGGCGUGACCCUAGGGCUGGAGGCUCGCGACUCGUGCUGGUCGGCGCCGGUGGCCCUGCAGCAGAGCAUCGAGUUGGUGCGCGACGCCAUCCGGCCGGCCAACGCCAAGGCGCUGGCUCCGGUCUCGGAUGCCUGUCUCGUAGACGAGGAGGCACUCGCCUCGGACACCGUUGAGAAAGCAGCUCCGCUGAUCGGCGUGGUUGGGCCGGGCUCCAGUUCCGUGGCGCUUCAAGUGCAGAACUUACUGCAGCUCUUCUCCAUUCCACAGGUCGGCUAUUCUUGUACCUCGAGGGACUUGAGCGACAAGAGCCGAUACUCGACCUUCCUGCGGGUUGUUCCCUCGGACUACUAUCAGGCGCAGCUGCUCGUCGAUCUCGUGCGAUACUUCAACUGGACCUACGUGUCGAUCGUCAACACCGAUGAGAACUACGGGACCAGCGGGAUCCAGGCGUUCCGCGAGUUGGCCGAGAGGAACGGCGUCUGCGUGGCCAGAGAGGACUCGAUUUUGACGACCGCCGACGACGCCGCCUUCGACGCCGUGAUCGCCAACUUGGACCAGGAUCCAGCGGCGAACGUCGUCGUCUGCUUCUGCGAGGGACUGACCGUCAGGCACCUCAUGGAGUCGUCCAAGAGGAUGAAUCUCACCGGACGAUUCGUCUUCGUCGGCAGCGACGGCUGGGCCGACCGAGACGACGUGGUACACGACCUGGAGACGGAAGCCUGGGGCAGCCUCUCGAUACGCAUUCACUCGCCCUACGUCACGGACUUCGAUCCCUACUACCUCGCGCUGCACCCCUACAACAACAGCCGCAAUCCUUGGUUCAACGAGUUCUGGCAGUUCAACUUCAACUGCAGCCUGCCCUGGGAAGCCGACAAAGACGCCAACUACAAGCUGCCCCCCAACUUUCCCAAUUGCACAGGCGAGGAGAGGCUCACGUACGAGAAGCACAAGCAGGAUCCAAAGAUGAGCUUCGUGAUGAAGUCGUUCUGGGUGAUGGCCUACGGACUGCACAACAUGCUCGAGGAGAUCUGCGGCCCCAAGUACGUGGGCGUCUGCAAGCAGAUGUUCCCCUUCAACGGCACGCACUUCAGAAAUCACCUGAUGAACGUCACCUUCAACUUUGGCGAGGAUCUCGUGGAAUUCGACCGCCGAGGGGAUCCACCGGGCAGGUACGAGAUCUUGAACUACCAGCUGAUGCCCAACGGCAGCUACGCUUACGUGCAAAUCGGCGAGUGGAACAACGGCACGCUCAACUUCAACGGGCUGCCGCAGUCACGGCACCCGCGACUCGUCGAGAGCGUCUGCUCCAAGCCCUGCCCGCCCGGAUAUUACAAGAAUUUCAAGACCGGCGGCCAGGAGAAGCGAUGCUGCUGGGCUUGCGUGCCGUGCGACCACGAGGAGCUCGUCGACGAGGAGCAGACCGGCUGCAUUCCCUGCCCUAACGGGCAGCUGCCCAACAGGAACAAGACUGCCUGCUACGUGAUACCCGUGGAGCACACGCAGUGGCGCGACGCCGAGGCUAUCAUAGCCAUGUUCUCGGCGGCGCUCGGCCUGCUCGCCACCUGCGUCACCUGCCACAUCUUCGUCCGGCACAACGACACCCCCGUCGUCAAGGCCAGCACGCGCGAGCUCAGCUACCUCAUCCUCGCCGGGAUGGCCGUCGCCCAUCUAUCCGUGCUGGCGAUCCUGGCGAAGCCCAGCCACACGUCGUGCACGCUGAGCCGACUCAUGCCGGGCAUCAGCUUCGCCAUGAUUUACGCGAGCCUCUUCACCAAGACCAAUCGGAUCGCGCGCAUACUCGCCGGUUCGAAGAAGCGCUUCCCCAAGCGGAAGCCCCUGUUCAUGUCCGCCACCGCCCAGAUCAUGAUCACGCUGACGCUGAUCGCGAUGGAGGUGGCCGUGGCGACGGCGAUGCUGCUGAUGGAGCCUGCGGUGCCGGUGCUGGACUUCCCGGCGCGCAACCGGGCCGUGCUCACGUGCCCGACGCUGCCGCGCGCGGUGCUGUCGCCACUGGCCUUCGACGCGCUGCUCAUCGGCCUGUGCACCCUGUACGCGGUCAAGACGCGUAACGUGCCCGAGAACUUCAACGAGGCCAAGUUCAUCGGGUUCGCCAUGUACACCACCUGCGUCAUCUGGAUCGCCUUCGUGCCCAUCUACUUCGGCAGCGAAACCAAGGUGCUGACCAUGUGCAUGUGCGUGACGCUCAGCGCCUCGGUCACCCUGGUCUUCCUCUUCGUGCCCAAGCUCUACAUCAUAGUGCUGCGGCCGGAUCGCAACAACCGAGCCUACUUCACCACCAGCAAGUCCAUCAGGUGCCACAUCGGCGCGCGCGUCGCUGCCGCCAUCGCCGAACCCGCGCCCAAGCGCGCGGUCUAUCGGAUCUCCGAGUCCGAGACUUCCUCUUCUGUUUUCAGGACCAGCAGCAUCAAGAGGCGCACUCUGUCCAUCCAGACGGAUAAGGAGCUACUUCUGUCGUUCUACCAGAGUCUCUCCGUGUCCAAGUCUUCGCCAGUCAAGGAGGACCAGUCACAGUCGCAACCGAAGCCCCGCAGCGAUGAAAAGCAGUGGGCUGAGCUCGACGUCAAGCGCCUCGUCGACGACCUGCGCAGACGGUCGGUGACGUCGCACGGCCACAGCCAAACGAACUGCCAUCAGGGACCAACGCGAACGCGCAUCCGUCAGCGGAGCGAGGGAGAGUCCUGCGAGUCCGGCGAGUCCCUCCUCAAUAUCACCAUCACUCUAGGCUCCGACUACCUCGACGUCGACUCCAGUACGCUCUGAUCAUCCUCGCUUCAUCCACAACUGCUUUGCUCGUUGCGCUCAUCUCACAUUCCAGUCGACACACGCGCAUCUUUUAUCUCUAUCACGCCGGCUUUUCUUUGACUUGUCUCGUGACUCUUUACUGAAAAUCGCAGCAGCUCAAAGCUUUUCUCCGUGUACCGAAUACUAUUAUUGAGUAGUCGUAAUAAAACGAAUGCUAAUAACAAUCAAGAUUCUUCAAAUAAGUUGCUAAAGUUUGCGUACUACUGUAUGUUUAUGCAGUUCCAUUUUCAUACCAUUAUGUUAUGAGGAUACUCUUGUUUUAAUUUAUCAUUAACUUAAAAAUACAUUGAAUAGUUUUGAUAUACAUAGCUCAGAGGGAAAGAGAACAAUCAAACUUCUAGGAAAUCUGACUGUAUUCUUUUAUACUAAUCAGCGAAACAAUCGUUUUCUUUGUGUUUUUUUCUUAAUAUCAAAUUUGCUACUUAAUUUUCUAUCUAGUCAUUUUUGUGCGUGCGUGUGAUUAUAAGUAACAAAACUGUAAUAUCAUAUAAAAUUAAUACUAAAACAAUUAAAUUUUUUUUAUGGGAGGGGGCUGCACAAAAUGCAAUUUUUUACAAAAUGUGUUUUGAAGUAUGAUGAUUGUAAGCAACGCGAUAAAAUACAUUUAUAAUAUGUACAAGACUCUAGAAAUUGUUGUCAGAAGUCAAUUGCUUAUUUUAAAGAAAAUCAUCUUAUCGGUAGAAUAGGAUUUUUACAAGGUGACUAAAUCUAUAAAUUAUUAAACUUGCAAAUUUAGUUUUAUUGGUCAAUUAUGUACAUAGAUUAUUAUAUUAUUGAAAUAACAUUAAUUAUAUAAUAAUUUUUUCAAUUGUGCUAUCAUUUUACAACAAAAUAUUCUAACAUAUACUCAUUUAAAAAUUGCAACUAUUACUACAUAAAAUAUUUAAACAGGAAACAGUU